AUGAAUCAUGAGAUCAAAAGGGUGACAGUUGUUUCGUCCUUGGACUGUGCAAUGGAGUGUACAGCGACACGUGAAUGCAGAUCUUUCAGUUUUAAUUCAAAUGAAAGCGUGCAGGGUAACUGUCAGCUGAAUGACGCCACACAAAGUAUAUGCUCACCUUCUGAGUGCAAAAAGUCUGAUGGACUUGCGUAUUACGAAGCCAGCCAAUUGGUUAGUAAAUAUUACCAGUUUUUAUGCAAAAAAGAGAUGUACUCUGUUUAGGAUUCAGACUUACUCAGACAUUAUAUAAAGGGUUUGACUGUACUGAAGUAUAACAUAACGAGAAAUUCUACAGGAAAGUUAAAGAACCUUUCCCAAUUACACAUCCCUAUUGUAAACUUUUUGCAGGCUACAGAAAUUAAGCUUCCUUUUCCCAAGUAAACAAGAGAAAAAGCCAGAUCACCGGGUUUUCCUUUUCACCUGAAAUGAAUAUCAACUACGAAUCGGUGAAAGGGAAGGAAAGUGUUUAAAUGGUAGCCCAGCGUUCAGUUAGUAUAACGAAGCGCCAUGAUAAACGAUGCAAUAGUGAAGAAGGAGUGAAAGCACGAAGGGGGUUUGGGUCGGGUCGACAAACAUUUUUCGUUAAAACAUUUCCGAUAACUGGGUGAAGAGAAGCAUCAUGGGGUCGGGUCGCACCACCAAACAAACAUUGAUCAAUUUUCGUUAAAAACAUUUCCGAAUAACUGCUCUGAAGCAACAAAUGAUUUCUUUUGAUUUGUUGCAGGGAGAUGUCAAUUGCAUGAAAGCUCGCUGUUUUGAAAGUUGUUCAGGAGAGUCAACUUUCUUGUCACAGGAAAACAUAUGGGGACCGCUGCGAAUUCUGGACAGGUUUGGUGUCUUGUUAGGGUACAUAAGUCAUUAA